AAAUUAUUUUACAGCAAGUGAAAAGUGCAAUUAAAAAAGACAAAUCUAGUCGAAGAAACCGCUUGAUUUUAUGCUAUAUUUGACCUUAAUUUAUUUUAUUUAAGCGUGCAUCUGAAAGCGAUUACUGUCAGUGUCUGUAUUUUUACAUAUAUAAGUCAGUACCACUGUGUUACUAUUUACUGAAAAUCAGUAUCGCGGCGCUUCCGUCAGGUUGUGAUUGUUGGCGUGCGCGCUCGUGCAGUAACUUGUCCAUAAAAGGAGUGGUAAGCCGGAACCAUUUAAUACUGCACGGGGGAGUGCACUGCACUUCAUGAUUGCGGGCGAAUAAUGAUAGGAAUUUACGUUUAAUUAUUAAAAUGUGAACAAAACGAGUCUACUGUUUAACAUAUAACGUUAGUUCAAUCGUGUCUGUUUGACACACUAAUGUGAAGCAUCUUGAAUCAGCUGAUCCUGCCCCCGUGAGUGGACGCGUCCGCGGAGCUCCAUUCUGCUGGAGAAUUCACUUCAGUCAAACUGCGAUUUCUGAAAAUCAGCGUUGAUUUCUAGAUUUGAUGAAAUGGGAUAAAUCGGCAGAUCGCGUCGUCAUGAGCGACCGAAAAACGACGCCUCACAGCGGACAGUACAAACCGAGAAUGAGCGGGGGGAGCAGUGUGCAGAUGGAGGAUCGCAACAUGUUGCGGCGGAUGGAGAAAGAGAGAAGGAGUCAGGAGGUGCAGCAGGAGGAGACGCAGUAUGACAGAAUUGCUCCUCUCUUCAACAAGCCGUAUAAGAGAAUCAAAGACGAUGAGCUGUCGAGUCGCAUCCAGAGGAUGCUGGGUAAUUAUGAGGAUGGAUAUGAGGGACCCGAGGAAGCUUGCCCCGCGCUCCCUCACGACCGUUCCUUGCAAUUCCCUCACGUGGAUGGAUCGAAGGCGUCUCUCCGUGAGCAGUCGGGACGCACGGAUCGCUCCAAACCAGUUCCGGACCGCGUGUCCGUAACCGGCCCUCCUUUGGGUGAGAGCUGGGACUGUUUACCGGCCCUGUCUCCUCCGGUGGAGCCGCUGUCUCCUCUACAGUCCAGUGACUCGGAUGGCGGCCCGUCUCCAGAGCGCAGCAGCUCGAGCCGCAGGCCGGACGCGCCUCCGCCGACUCUCACGCUCCCGCUGAAUUUGCACGGUAAGCUGGCCAACGCCAAGAAACCCACAGCGUACGUCAGGCCGAUGGAUGGUCCGGUGGCCAGCGAUUCUCCUGAACUGAAGGCCUCACCGGAGUCUUACGAGCACUUACAGGACCUGAAGGAUAGCGGAAAACCAAACCUUGCCGCUCUGCAGGCUGCUGAUAUUGUGUCUGGUGAGCGUGUGGAGGACAUUCUGCAGGAAAUGACCUCAUGGCCUCCACUGCUGACAACCAUUUGUACGCCAACCACAAUCGAGCCACCUAAGUUCCUGUCCACUAACGAGGGGACACAUGGAUUCCCGACUCUCAAAGCUCAUGAAUCAUCAGACAAAGUUCAGCUGAAAUCUCAAGGAGGAUCCAGCAGCUCCAGUGACUCUGACAGCAGUUCAGACACUGACAGUGGAAAGAGCAACAGUCCAGAUGAAUCAGCAGCUCCUGAGACAGUGAACCUGCAGCCACAGAAAGAGAGUGACUGGCAGUUGGGAAGAUGGUUAGAAAGGAGGGGGAACCAGCACCAGCAGAACCCUAGGAGCCCAUGUGAUGUCAUCAGGCCCAACUCCCAUGAUUCCUCUGAAAGGACAGAGGCUGCCGGUACACAAAGUUACUAUAGUAACCCAACUGAUGGCGGCAAAGCGUCUGAUCACAGGAGCACAAACACGUGUGAGAAUCCGCUGUUAGAAGGCACAGGCGUGGAGAUUUCCCAGCAUGCUGAAAAAGCGUCCACACACAGACCGAAACACAAGAGAAAGAAAGCAGCACAUCAUACACAGCAGAAGAGGACGACAGCAGACAACAACGUCAAGAAACAAACGGACAGGAAAGAAACGCAUCAGCCGCUGCUGGUGAAAAUAGAGCUGAACCUGCUCUCCAGAAUCCCGCGGGAGCCCGGAUCAGCUCCGUCUCAUGCAGGGAACAUCAGCGCGUCGGGACACAAGAGACCGGUGGAGAGGGAUGAAAAGUGUUCGAGGAAGAAACAGAAACUGGACAAAGAAGGAAAACAGUCGUCCUCCUCCCAGAAGAGCCUUCACCAAUCAGAAGCCGACAUGAACGGCGACAGGACGAUGAAGAAAAAGAGUACGAAGCACGGGUCAAGUCUUCCUCGGGAGGCGCACAGAGACUCGGGACGCAAGCGGCACUCGGCCGCGGCUCCUGCCGGCCAGCAGAAGAAAGCGGAGACUCAUGGGAAGAAAACCUGCAAGAGCCACGGGGAGCUCCCGGAGAAACCUGCAGCCAAACCACGAGCGCUGCUGCCGCCCGAUCGUAGGAAACUCUCUGUGGAAGAUCAUCUGAAGGAAGCCAAAAAACUGAAGCACAAAGCAGACGCUACGCCGGAUAAGAUGGCUAAAGCGCUCAGCUACCUGGAGGCAGCGCUGUCGUUCGUGGAGAGCGCCGUCGCCAUGGAGACGGAGCCGCAGACGCCCAAAUCUGCGUACACCAUGUUUUCCGAGACGGUGGACCUGAUCAGGUUUAUUCUCAAACUGAAGAGCUACACGGAUCCGUCGGCCGCCGCCCACGAGAGAGAUUUCUGCGUCCUGUGCAUGCGAUGCCAGUCUCUGCUGCAGAUGGCCCUGUUCCGCUACAGAAGAGAUUCGGCGCUCAAAUACUCGCGGACGCUCACGGAUCAUUUCAAAAGCUCGUCGUGGUCUGCGUCCCCCUCCGUGUCCAAGAGCGCCGUCCCGUCUCCCUCCGGCAGCACGCUGGUCAUUCCUCAGCCCAUCCAGCAGGUGGCGGCAUCGUACGUCAGCAUCACGGCGCUCUUUCUGAGCGCUCACGAGACCUGGGAGCAGGCGGACGAGAUCGCUCUCAGAGGCAGCGGUUUGCUGCAAGAGUUGGAUUCAGCUGUUGGUCCUCUGAGUCUGACGUCCUCCAUGAGCGCGUUAGUGCGAUACGCCCGUCACGGCCUCCACUGGAUCAGACUCGACGCGCUGAACCCGCGCUGACGCUUCGCACGGCCUUCGGAGCGUCACGAGAUCUGUGAUUCACACACACACUUGAGGACGUGAGGAUGUGGCAGCUUUUAUUUAUUUGCACAAUGAUCAAAUAAAACGAUUGAUCUCUCUUCUA